UUUCAUUGGAAACUGCAUCACGAGCGCGGUGUUUCUGCAAAACAAGUGAAAACAAGGGUUGUAUUACCUAUCACGAUUUUGCUGGCAUCUCACUCGAAUGAAUAGUAUUUGAUGCAGGGUAUUGUAGUUGGAAAUUGUCGAGUGGAAAUUUAUAUACAUUUAUUAGUCUUAGACCUAACCAGGAACGGAAGCGAAAAGUGCAACUUUUGGUUCCUGGCUGGAAUUGAACCUGCGUCCCUGCGAUUCCGGUGCAGCGCUCUAACCAACGGGGGCCGGUUGUUCAAAGGUGGGUUAGCGGCGCUAACCCUGGGUUAAAAUUUAACCUGCUGUUUUAGUUUGUGCAUUUCUGCACGUCUGUUUAUUUCAAAACUGCAGAGAAGUAAACUCCUAUCGAUGCAGACAAGAUCUCUGAAGAAAAAUUUCCAAAUUUAUAGACAAGCUGUCAGGAAGUUUGCUUUGAAUUUUAGGUUAACCUAGGGUUAAGCUAACCCAGCUUUGAACAACCGCCCCCUGAGCUAUACAGAAGCCAGUUGUCGAGCUCUAGCCACAAGUUAUUAGAUAGAGCUCCUGUACAACCUUCUCUCUGCAGUCUGCCAUCUACCAUACCCAUCAGAUUGUAUUAUCUAUUAUAAGCCUAUACUUUAAAGAGAUUUCCUCAAAAAGCGUGAGAUUUAAAGACUUUGUGGCGAGACCGCGAAAAAGCAUGAAAAAUCGCGAAUCCCACGGGUUUAUUUUGCCAGAUAUACAUAAUAUAGUAAAAGUUUCUUUCAUGGUGUACAAUACACUUGGCAAUUUUCACAAUGUCAUGCAAAUGCACAUGGCAAGCCCCACGCACGCCUUAAAAAAGCCACCUAACGUUUUUUAUACUACCCAAAACGACAUCGCAUACUGUUAUUAAAUAAUAUCAAGCAUGGUUAGAAUAAUAUUGCACGGUACAAGAGCUAAUUCCAUGAGCUCGCGAUUUUUAAACGUAUGUUUUUACUACCAAAUUGUAUCUCCAAAACAACAGAGAGAUUCACUCAAUCUCAAGUGGUUACUCAAUAUGCGCCUGCCUUUAAAAGAAUUGCGCAGCACUUUUUACCUUCCCGACAAUAUAAGUUUUGAGUCCAAACAGUAAAUUGAACACGACCCCUGCGGGUUGCGAGAAUGGAGACGAAAUCAUUCACCAUCGGAUUGUGUCUUAUUUUUGUUCAGUUUUCUUUUAUCCAGGCCGUGUCAGUUAGAGAAUUUUACCCAUUCAGUCGUUUCACGGAUAGAAAGCUACCGGCGAACGACGAUGGCAGUUCGGGAGAGUUGACUUUGUCCGUGCCGUUUCCAUUUUUCAAGUCGAAAUACCAGCGUUUGUAUGUAAGUAGAUACGACACCCCUUUUGUAUUUUGUAUAUUUUCUUGAUAUGUAUAUACAGUGUGGAGAGUGGAUUUCAUAUAAACUAUAGUGCCGAUGGUCGUCCACCGGCAAUUGAAGUAUUGUAUUUGAUGAAUGAUGGACAAUAAUAUAGGAACUGAAAAAUGAUGCAGUUUAAUCUUGCUCCUAUACUGCUGCAAGACAGUACACGAUCGAUCUAUGAAUCGAUCUCAGACCACAUUGCGUUCACAAGAGGCAAGAGCGCCUCGUCAUGCGAGCUGGCUUAGAUCCAUCCAAGAUCGAUCUUCAUUUUUUUCGACCAUUCACAUUGAGCUCGCUUGACUUUAGCCCAGCCUCAUAUCGACCUAAAUGAGAUCGAUCGAUCUCAAAGUGCAGUGUGAAAAUGCCCUAACUCGUUACAUUUGUAAAGCUGACCAUAUUAUCACUAUUUUACCUAUUAAUUGAUGUAGCUAUAUGAAAGUUCGUGCGAUGGUUUUUCACCACAAACCACAGGCAUUUUUUUAGGCAUGUUUGCAGCGUAUAGUAUUUUUAAUUAUUAGUAUUAUGAAUAUUCAACAAGAAAUAUUCAAUUUAUUACCCAAUUAUCAAUAAAUUGGUUCACAACCAGAAAUGAUUGUGUUCACAACCAGAAAUGAAUGAGAACUUCUUAAAAAACUUUUCAUAGUUUUAUCACCGCACACACCGGCUGCUUUGCCGUGUGUACACACAGAGCUGGCUCAAUAACUACAGUAGAUCGGGAUACACAAUAUCAUAUAGUGUAGUUGAACUGAAGCUGAUCAUUCAAGCAGAACCAUCUUUGACCCAUGAAGCUGCAUAUUGCGCGCCCAUGCACCCUACUUUAUCAUUUCGCUCUGUCUGAUGCCAGACGGUUUUACAAGUUAAGGGGAGAGCGCUGGUGAUGAAUGGGGUAACGGCUCUUUUUCACGCAUCGCAAAAAUCAACUCGCAAGCCUGCUACGAAUGCUUGCAUCUCAUUAAAGUAAACUGUCGAGCAUUAUGAUUGGAUGAAAGUAUUUAAAAGGAAAGGAGGCUUUAUGCUCCAACUUGGAGGAAGUUUAGCUAAACUGGCCAAGUUGCACGGGGCAUGAAUUUUCAUUGCAAUUUAGCGAUUUAAAGUUAAAAAAGUAUCAACAGUGAAUCAAACUAUACUUAAUAUAAUCUAAGACUAAAGCCUCAUCUUUCAUCGUAACAGUCACUCGCAAUCUUGCUGCUUUAUUAUCAUUGCCAUUGGAGAAGCAAACACUCCCAGCAAGCUUGCGACGGCUGAUUUUUGCGACGAGUGGAGACGAGACUACGUACACCGGAGCGACAUAAUGCGGGCAGAAUUUACGUGUGUUUACACUGCGCCGUUGCAGUUUGUUCACAAAUUAAAUUAGCACUUAUGUAAAUAUUUCAAAUAGAGCAAAGAAAUUUAAACGAAAAGCAUUCGAGGUCACUGUUUUGAGAGCUGAGAUGCUUGGUUUGCAAGCAGUAUAGGAAAACGUAACGGCGUUUGUGCUCACACGAAGCCGCCAAACGCUUCGUUUUCAUCUCGCUCCGCAAAAGUGACGCUUUCAAACAAUUUCGCUCUGGCGUGGCGUGAACGCGACGGCUAUUUGUGACUUUUCUGCGCCGUUUUGUGAAUGUAGUUUAGAGAUUUGUGGGUCCAGCGUUGAAUCUAAGGGCACUUUCCAUUAACACGGCCAGACCGGUCAGAACGGUCAAAAUGUUGAAUGGAACACAAAACAUUUGGACUUCGGACCUAUCUGACCGGAAAAUCUAGAUAACAUUAGAAUGAGGUCCAUUUUCGCUAGAUAUUUGAGAAACAUAGACCAAAUCUUUCCAUUGAUACAGAGAAAAGAAUUCGGGUCUCAACGGUCAGGCCAUUAAAUGGAAAGCGCCCUAAUAAAAUUUUGCCUUUGGUUAGAUUUCACGACAUCCACAGUUUGAUGGCCCGUUUACACUUGCAAUUUUUGCUCCGAUUUUUAUGUGCGAUUUUCUUUCGAUAGAUGUGAACGAGUGGAUGAGUUAUGGAUGUUGAGAUAAGGGUACACGUACUUCGAAUAUUCAUCACUCAUAUACUCGUUCACAUGCUUGAGUAGAAGAAAUUCUCACUAAAAACGCAGCAAAUAUUGCAAAUGUAAACAGGCCUCGAUACUGGACAAAUAUCUUCUUCAGGAGAGUGAGUUUCUUCAGGAGAGUUAGUUUCUUCAGGAGAGUGAGUUUCUUCACGAGAGUGAGUUUCUUCAGGAGAGUUAGUUUCUUCAGGAGAGUGAGUUUCUUCAGGAGAGUUAGUUUCUUCAGGAGAGUGAGUUUCUUCAGGAGAGUUAGUUUCUUCAGGAGAGUGAGUUUCUUCAGGAGAGUUAGUUUCUUCAGGAGAGUGAGUUUCUUCAGGAGAGUUAGUUUCUUCAGGAGAGUGAGUUUCUUCACGAGAGUGAGUUUCUUCAGGAGAGUGAGUUUCUUCACGAGAGUGAGUUUCUUCAGGAGAGUUAGUUUCUUCAGGAGAGUGAGUUUCUUCAGGAGAGUUAGUUUCUUCAGGAGAGUGAGUUUCUUCAGGAGAGUGAGUACACGAAGUCGAAUGCGAGCCAGUAUAUUUUGCUGACUUAGAUUGUGGCUGUCGUGAAAUUUGACCAAAGGGCAAAGGCAGCUUUUAUACACUAUCAAAGUUUCUGUGAUCACAGUAGGAAUUUUUCAUAGGUAAAUUUUAAGUUUUGAAGGAUUUGUAAGAAAUAUUGGAGGGAACUGACUCGGUCUUCAACAUGUACAUAUUUAGUCUGUUUAGCAGCCGGCUUGGUUUUUGACUUCGAGGCUGGCCGCAUUGUGUAGUUAAGGUUUGAGUUCCCGUGAGAUAAAAAGAUAUUACGAAAUUUUUCAAGAGCAAAGCAGGGGUCGUGUAAUACUGUGUUCUGUAUUUUACGAAGCUUCUAGAUCAUGCACUCAUUUUCAUUUCCUUUGAGUAUUCAGUAUUCAGAUAGAUUUACAGCCACGGUCACAGAGUCCAGUAUUAAAUUUCGCUUCCUCUUCAUUACUUCUCAAUCGAGAAACAUAAAACAAAUUCGGACAUGCGGUCUGUCAUGUCAAUCUCGUUAACUUGACCUUGCUAAUAUCAGCCCGCCAACGAUGAGUUUAUUGCAUGGCAAAAGAAUUGCAGAAGAGAAAGUUCGCUUUUUUUCUGCAAACUUUGGGCCAUGUUAAAGAAUGUGUCCUAACUUGCUUAAUUCCGAUACAUCAAGACACUGAUUUAGUGUAAAUUUUUACAUCAUUUUUGUGUUAGGAAACACCAAAUAUAAUGGUCAAUCGUUCUAUAUGUACACCCAAUAAGGGUUCUAGGUGUUUCAAUACACCUUUUGGAUGUAAAUUUGGUGUUUCCCUAACUCAAAAAUGGUUUUGUCAUUUACACUAAAUCAAUUUCUGCAGGGCUGAAACGCUUGCACCAUUUUGGUGUUGUAGCCACACCCAAAAGUUCAGUGGAAACCUACACCAAAGACCGGUUUACACAAUCAAAGUUUCUGUGAUCACAGUAGGAAUUUUGCAUGGGUAUUAAAUUCUAAGUUUUGAAGGUUUGGAAGAAAUUUUUGAAGGAACUGACUCCGUGAUUAACAUUGAGUCAGUUCAUUCAAACAUUUCUUACAAAUCCUUCAAAAGAAUCAAAACUUUCUGCGAUCACCUACUGUGAUCACAGAAACUUUGAUAGUGUAUAGCACACCAGCUAAGAUAGUGUAUAGUACACAUAAGCUAACACUAUCCAUGUUGAAUAGCUCUUUCAGUUCUGAACAGUAAUCUUAUAUACGUAUUCAUAUUUCUUAAGGUGAACACAAACGGCGUUAUAUCAUUCAAAGACAGCGUUGAGGAAUUCAUUCCAGUCACGUUUCCAACGGCAAACGACCAGCCAAUGAUAGCCCCGUAUUGGGCUGACGUCGAUACACGUAAUGGAGGCGAAGUGUUUUACCGUCAGUCGGCCAGUGUUGAACUGUUUCAACGUGCGACGAAUGAUGUGAAGAGAUAUUUUGCCAGUCAGUUUCCGUCAUUUCAAGCCUCGUGGGUGUUCAUAGCCACUUGGCAGAAUGUUUCACGGUUCAGAAGAGCUAGAUCGUUAUUGAGUAAUAUUGCUAAUCCCAUGGUUAGUGCACACUGAAGUCUAUAGGCUUGUCACAAAUCCAUUUCUUUAAUUCUUCUUCUCUCCCCCCUUCCUUUGUUGUAUUUAUGACCUUUCUCUCCAAUUGUGAGUUUUCUUGCAAGGAACAAUAUUUUCAGAAAGGGUUGCAUGGCUAGGAAACAUUGUUUGCUAGCCAUGUUUCCCGAAGGUGGGCAAACCAGGAAACAUUGUUUGCCAGCCAUGUUUCCCGAAGGUGAACAAACCAGGAACCAUUGUUUCCUGGCUAUGUUUCCCGAAGGUGAACAAACCAGGAAACAUUGUUUCCUAGGAAACAUUGUUUCCCACCUUCAGGAAACAUGGCUAAGAAACAGUGUGUCCUGUCUUGCCCACCUUCGGGAGACAUGGCUGUCGGGCUGUAGGUAACAGUGCUUCCACAUCAUUGUUUCCUAAGUUCAGGGCUAAACGCUCCGCAGCCAUAUGACCAGCAACUAAGUUUGUUUAAAUGUAUAAUUUUGUUUCAGAGAAAUACAUUUCAAGUCGUGCUCAUCACAAAUGGACGUCAUUCAUUUGCAAUAUUUUAUUACGAGAAAAUUGAAUGGACGACAGGGGAUGCAAGCAAGAGUAUCUAUGGCGGCAUACCUGCACAGGUAGUAUUGAGAGAUUUCAGCAGUGGCGGACACUGCAAAAUAUUGGGAGGGCGGAUUUAGGUCACAAACGUAUUACUGCCCUCUUGUUGCUGCAAAUUCCCGUCAUCACUAUUUUUGACGUCAAUUUAAUUGCUAUUUGCUUAGUUACAAGGAUAAUUAUAGAUUUCCAUGGUUGGGGCUGGCAGAGGCAUCCCCCUCCCCUGUGAGGGAUUUUUGGCCGUAGAGGCACCCUUAGUUUGUUGAACUACUCCAUAAUUCAACUUACCCAUGAACUACUUAAUUACUUACUUGGUUAAUCAGCAUUCUUUCAAGGACAAUAUUCUUUAAAGGCAAAUGAAAACAAAAGAAAAAGAUUUGUGCAAAGAGGGAACCCCCCUCCCCCCCCUCCCUCCCUCAAUGGUCCACUGCUUAGGGUAUAUCGCUUUAGGAUGCCUACAUAAGCCAGUAACCUCGUGAAAAAGACCUUACACUAACCUUUCGACGAAGGGACUCGAGAGUGGUAACUAAGGUAGUUAGAAACUCAACCACGGCAGAUUACAUAAGCAAAGGGUAACUAUGGAAACAUAUUUGGCUAUAUUUUGUGAUAGCCGACCACGCAGAGGGUAUAUUUGGAUGGCCCACUUGAGGAGAGGCGGUUUUAGUGGCUUGCUCCAAGAGUAUACUAGUACUCUAUUCUCAGAGUAUUUCUAGCAUAUUUCUCAGAGUAAUCUGCAUUUAGCUUAAUAUUAAUCCGUUGUGAACACUUCCAAUGGAUAAGAGCUAUACUCUGGUGUAUUCCCUUGUAAGGGCGAGCUAAGAAUACAAUCUCUACAGAACUUAACUUCGGUCCUAAAAGUAUAAUUUUUUAGGGUCGGUUGCUUAGUUACUUAUUUAAACGUUAUAAAUGGCCAUGAUGCAUUUGCUGAAUUAGUGUAAUGGAUCAUGAAUCUCACGAUUCGAUGAGUGUAUACUUUGUUUCCAUUAGGCUGGUUUCAAUUUCGGAGAUGGCACAAGAUACUACAGUGUGCAAGGUUCUCAGACAGACCUGAUCAGACAGUUGCCUGCACUCUCUAAUGUUAACGUCCCAGGAAUGUUUGUGUUUCGCGUCGACGAGGCUGAAAUUACAAACGGAGGCUGUAAUUCCGCAGGUCAGAAUGGCGUAUAGCUCUAUAUCAUGUCUACUUAAAUCUUUGCCUAGAGUUUCUACACGGCUAAAAACGCACAGGUUGUUCCAAGUUGAUAUCGACAGGCGUGAACAAUGUUGUGCGGCCAACUAUGAACAAGUUGUCAACCAUGUUGUUCCAAGUUGUUACAGUUGAACAAUGCUGUAACAACAUGUUGACAAUACUGUUCAUAGUGGGCCUCACAACCUUGUUCACGCCUGUUGAUAUCAACCUGGAACAAGUUGUCAAUUUUCACACGUGUAGUGAAGACCUGCUAUCCCUUGUUGACAAUGCUGGAAAAUCUUAACAAAAUAUCUGCGCAGGAAAUUUUCUCACAUCUUGCAGGAAUUUUAUGUACAGGAAUGCCAUAUAAUUUUUAUGGAAAAAAUACUAAAAAUUCCAAAAGCAUUUUGUAAGACGAGAUUGAUGUUUAUCGCAAUAUGCGGCACGAUAGUUCUCUGAAAUCUACAUAUGCAUGAUGUUUUAUAUUUGACUUACAGAGGAAAUUUUUAUUUUUGGAUUUUGUUGCCAGGAAGAGAAAUAUGUUUUAUAGAUCUGCUUGUUGGUCUCAGUGUCUGGAGUACCAAGGGAAAAAGCUAAACUUUUCAAAAUAUUUUUCUGCACAGUCGAAAAGUCUAGACGAAAACCUGUUGUAUUUGCUCACAUGCGAACAGCAGACAUCUUUUUAUUGCACCGCGACAUUACCGUGUGAGGACUCUCCAACUUACAUGAAAAUUGUCUGUAAAGUAGACAAUAUAGAGACAGUUAAAUAUCAAAGACGCGUCGGUGAGAGUUAUAUUGACAGUGUCACGUAUCGCCCACUGUUUUUUUUAAUUCUUGCAUAUAAAUAGUAUAUUGAGAGAUGUAAUCUAAUUUGCUUGCUCAUGCUAUCGGUCUGCAUAUACGUACAAGCGCGCAAGUUGUUUACAGAGUUGCUAACAAAUUGUAACAAGGUUGUUGUCAGGUCGAUAAUAUAGAGGUUCAGAUUGAGUUCCAUACCGCUACAAUUAAGGGACCAUCAACCAAUCAGAUGCGUUUGAUACUGUACAUUCGAUUGACCAAUCACAUGCGUACUGAGCCAGGUAGUGGUAGCGGAAGUGGAACUCAAAUCUGAACCUCUAUAUUAAGAUGUGUUCGCACUGCUUGUUCCCAGUUGUUGGGACAAGUCUGGAACAGGUUGUUAUCACCUUGUUACAAGGUUGAUGAUGGGAACAGACUGGUACAAGUUGUUCCAAUAACGAUCUAGGCCCGUUCAAACGAGUCCAACAUCGUUGGAUGAUGUUGGAUAAUGAUGGAUGAAAAUAUAUGUUAAACAAAGUCAAACCCAAUCCAACAUCAGCGAACAUUACCCAAGAUUGUGAUGAAACAAGGCCAACAAUGUGGCAUCCAACAAUGAUGAUGUUGGACCAAUAUGUUGGCCUCGUUUGAACGAGCCUUACUGUCGUUCCAAUUGAAGUGUUGCUCAAAUAUUGGUUCAAUACAUUAUCUCGGGCUGACCAAUUCAUUUCAUCAAGUUCCUCGAGAUAUUCAUACACUUUCUAGUAUAAUUGUAAACUUCCUGUUGAAUAGUUUGAAUGCACCAAUUACCUUUUGUUGUUUGUGCAACUAACCAAUCAUAAAUAGAAAAGAAGUGACCAGAAAUUAUCAAAUACUUGGAAUUGGCUCUUUCACAGGAAGUGUAUGAAUAUCUCGAGGAACUUGAUCAAAUGAAUUGGUCAGCCCGAGGUAAUGUAUUGAAUCAAUAUUUGAGCAACACUUCAAUUGGAACGACAGUAAUGAUACCAGUGAGCUCCAUAUAUACUGGAGCAACGACUUCAGUCAUUCGGCCUAUGAGAAAAGUAAAGUCAAGAUGGCGGCCAUUGACGUCCAAUAGCUAUGAAGGUCGAAAACAGCUUUUAUUAUAUACCAUUUUCUCCAGCUAAAUCCAGUUUUUUUCUAACGGACUGUAUCGCUAAUUAGGUUUUCAGUUCAUAAAAUCACAAUAUUAGUCUUCAAAUCGAAGUCAAAAUACGAAAUGUCGGCACACUCCUUGUCAAAAUGGUGGAAAUUGAAGAAGCUAUUGGACGCCAGUUCCAGUCCCUUUUGUCUGCGCGGUUAACACGAAACUGGCUUAUAUAUAUAUUUUGAACGCAUCUUGUUGACAAGUUGUGAGAUUUUCACGUGUGUAUACAGGGUCAAACAUUUCUGACGUCGAUCAGUACCCGCUGACCUGUACCACUUACUAAAACUGGUCAAUAUUUUUCCAGGUGGUUUAACUCUCGUACCUCGAAGUGGUUUAGUUCUGGGCGGUACACUGGUGGAAAUCUCUGGCCCGUGUUUUAAUGAAACUUCAGAUGCUGUGGUGUGUCGUUUUAAUGGCAACAUUUUAGCUGAUGGCAAUGUCGUCGAUAGAUAUAAGGCGUUUUGUGUUACCCCACAUCUACGUGACAUUGGCAGAAUGUCCUUGGAAAUGUCGUUGGAUGAUGGCAAGACUUUCAAUUUCUCAUCGCAAUUUACAUCGGGUUAGUUUGUGUUUUGUAUUUACAUCUAUUUACUUUUCAUAGAUUGGGCUUUUGCGUAACACAUCGCGUAACAAUUAUAGUACCAUCUGGUCUUCCACAGUCCCGCAAAUUUGCGUCAAAUAAAGGCAGGCGUUUGCAGGUUGGAAGAAUAUGACGCAAAGGCCCAUGGGAAUGCUCUGACUAAUAUGCAUCCCUGUCAUUCAACAUGGGAUGAGCGACUUGCGACGGACCAGACCAUCCAGUCGCGAUCCAGUGAUUGGAAUGUCCCAUUAUUGUCUUUUCAUUGUGUUGGAAAUCCCACUGUUCUCCAUGCAUCCAGUCAAGAUCCAGUGAUUGGAAUGUUCCAUUGUCUUUUCAUUGUGUUGAAAAUCCCACUGUUCUCCAUGCAUCCAGUCAAGAUCCAGUGAUUGGAAUGUUCCAUUGUCUUUUCAUUGUGUUGAAAAUUCCAUUCUUCUCCAUGCAUCCAGACAUAUACGAUCCAGUGAUUGGAAUGUUCCAUUGUCUUUUCAUUGUGUUGAAAAUUCCACUGUUCUCCAUGCCACUCAGUCGCGAUCCAGUGAAUAGAAUGUAUCCCUGCCUUUUCAUUGUUUUAAAAAUCCCACUGUUCUCCAUGUCAUCCGUUUGGUCUUUGUUUUGACGUUUAUGCAGAAGAUUUGUUGGUUUGUUUGGGCAAGUCUUACUCAUCAAUUGUAUGAUUGACUAUAGCUCGUUGGCUAUUUGGUUGUGCAAAUGUUUAUUGUUUACUGAGUACUCAUAGCUGAGCGGAUGUCUCAAAAGGUUAUUGCCCAAUUGAUAGGGGAUCCGAGGUACCUACGAUUUUAAACGUCCUUAUCCGGUUAUCCGAGAAGACGCAAAAGUCUAACUUUACUGAUGUCAAUGUAAAGGUAAUUUGCCACCCUAAAAGUUUAUCAGUAGUUUUAGAACUAGUGUUCAGUGUGACCUUCUUAUAACAAAGUUACUUGUUCUUCAAACAGUUGCCCUUGGCAGACAUGGCCCUGGCAUCUCAGGCUUAAUGUCUAAAGACUGGACGAGCCAACUUGAGCCACUCUUCAUAGCCUGGAACCCACAUGACAUACGAGCACGACAGUUGGUGAAUGUUGAAAUAGCGAAAUUUGAUUGGGAAACAUUGCAGUUACUGGAAAAUAAGACUGUCGUGAAAGCAAAUAUCCCCAACUUUGGUUUUGAACUUCUUAAUAAUGUGGUAGAGACUGCGUAUCAUAUGUAAGUAUCUGUUGGGGCAAAUAAUGGCUAUAAUACAAUUCUAGACCGGAGGUUAAGCGGACACUCGCUGACAUUUGUCAUGCGGACCGUGGACUCGCCUAGUGCAAGUCUUGUCGGGAAAAUGAAAAAAUUAAGUAAUAAGAGUUUGGGUUGGGAGUUAGCGUCAGUCGGUUGGGGUUAUCUCCGCCAAAACGUGUACUUUACGUGGACACUCAGUGAGACACUGGUGUCUGUUAAACUGCAGUUAUACCCAAAGAGCUAUUCAUUACCAAAAGAUGUUUUGUUAUCUUCGUUUUGUUGUUAGCUUCCCUUCAAAAUGCAAUAGAGUACAGGAGACUAUACAGUAUAAAUACAGUUCAGCACAUUGUAAUAAUUCACCAUGACCGUGAAAAAGCUUGUAUAUCUGUUGCAAAAUCUUGCUUCAUUCAUUCUCUUAGUUCAUUUUCCACAUCAAAUAUCAUUCGUCUUUUUUAAAAAAAAACUAUUAAAAAAUACGAACAUUUUCAUCAAGAUGAAUCACAAUGCUAUAUACACAAUUCGCGUCUGUGUUAUAUAAGAUAAACAAUCACUCGCCUGCAUUCCUCAAUUCGUGUGUAUAUCUUUUAUACAAUGCUGUAUUUAUUACGUACAGUGAAAUGCAUUUCAGAAAGUACAAUUUUCACCGUGUAUCUCUACAGCCUAAAGCCCCAUUCAAUUUCAUCCAAUGUUGCACAAUAUUGGAUGAACAUUUUAAACAAAGAUUUUAACACAAUGAAAAUGUUCAUCCAAUAUUGUGCAACAUUGGAUGAAUUGAAUGGGGCUUUAGGUACAUUUUACUGUACGUAAUAAAUACAACAUUGUGUGGAAUAUACAAUGGAUCCAACAUCUUCUUCAACUUUGACUUCAUAUGAUCUUUUGAACUUCAUUUGAUCUUUUGACUUCAUUUGAACUUUGAACUUUGAUGUUGGAUCCAACAUCAUCUUGAACUGCCUGUGUCAGUCUAUAGGUAUAGUGCCAAUAUAUAGUCUCCUUGCAGAGCUGCAAAUAAAUAUUUGACUUGACAGGACAUUUGUCCGAUCACUUUUAAUUUUGGUCGGACAUAACUUGAAUUUGGUCGGACAAAAACCAACAUCACUAAAUUUGGUCGGACAUUUAUACGUCACAAGAUAUAUAUAAGUCACGAGACAAGUAUGUAUAGCCAUUCCGGCGCAACGUUAAGUAAAAUGCUAGAAUGCCUUAUUGCAAAAUGCAAAUUGAGUGAAUUUGCAAUCGGAUUUUGUCACAGCAAAAAAAUGUAUGUGACAAUUUUUUUUUGUGAUCUGACCAAUGUCCGAUCAAAAUUACUUUUGCUCGGACAUUUGCCAAAUUUAGUCGGACAUUGUCCGAUGUCCGACAGUAAUUUGCAGCCCUGCCUUGUGUUUGUCAGGUAGUUGCUUGCCUAUCAUUCCGAAGCUUUCGUAUUACCCAGGGACAUAUUGUUCAAACGAGGCUGACAAUGUCGUAUCCAACAAUGUUGACUGAUGUUGGACCAACAUGUUGGACUCGUAUAAACGAAUCUUAAUGAGUAUGAGUAGGAAAAACGUUUUAAACCUUUCAACAUUACAAAAAAUGCUGUUAUCAACAGGUGCCCUACAUUCCUCAUUGAUUCCUUGAUGGUGUUUUAAACUGUUGUUAGUUGUCAGUUUAGUCGUUUUGUAAUUGUGUUGUUCUACUUAGACUGUUUCGUUAAUCAAUUAUUUGAACGUAAUUUCUUUGUAAAUAUUAAGGGAUCACCAUAAUUGGGGGAACCUGUGGCGAACUCCCUGGCACUCAACAUUGUUGUAUUUUUAGGUAGUUGCCGAAUCUUAUUAAAACAUUAAAACAUUCCCAUAAAUUAGUAGUAUAUAUAUAUACAAAGUUGGAAUACUAAUAUAAAAAGAACAGAAGAUCUAAAAUUAUAUUUGCAAAUUAAAUUUACACUAAAGAAUUCAUGAAAGUCAUUAGUUAAGUGUCAGUAGCUUCUGAGAGUUUAUUAAAAACGACGCAGCCGCCAGCCGUUAUGGUAAAGCGACUUUUUUGCAGCUUCCAAUUUCACUCUAGGCACAUACAAUUCAUUUUGGUCUUGUACGCCGUGACAUCCUAUCACAGUUAAAUUUAAAAUAGUGUAUCAAAAAUUGGGGUACGUUGCCCUUUAAGCAUUUGUUAACUAGUUUAAAGGUCGAAACUAAUUCGUCCUUUUCUCGUAGGCCACCCAUCACUGAAAAUAACGCGGAACGAUACGUCUCACCGUUGUCAAUUGUAACAAUCAGCGCUCCGACACCAGCUCGUGGGCUUCCUCCACGAGUCUACAGUGAACCAUUUUUAGCUAUCCCAGUUAAUGUAAACAUAACCAACGAAGUCAAAGAAGCUUUUGAUGAUCUUGGAAUCCCUCAGAGGUGCAAAGAUUGGUUUGGAGAUGAUGAUUUUGAUGUGAGAAGUAUUUUAGGUAAGCUGUUUUGUUUCUGUACGAAUUUACGAUUUCUUGGUUGUGACUUAAACCACCCACAACUUUAUUUCUACUGAAUAGCUCUAUCAGUUUUAAUAUGUUCUCCCUAUCUAGUGACCAGGGCUUUCAAAAUAAGCUGGGGGCCGCCGGAGCUCCGGCAGGUGCUACGAGAUUUACCGCCGGUUACUUUGUUUAGUACUUGAAGUAUCAAUUCUGCUCUCCUUUUUCCACUCUAAGCAUUCAAACAAAGUUAUUUUUCCUCAACCUGGUCUACUUUAUAGCCUGGUUACUUUCGAAAACGACGUACCAUUUCGUAAAACCGAUUUAGUUAUUUCCAUCUUGAAUCUUGAAGUUACCUUGUUGAAGAAUGAAUGUAGUGAUACAUUAUAAUUUGGUUACAGAGCUCAGUUGUGUUGCUAUCUAAUCAAUAUACUCCAGUUAAUUUGAAUGACUUUUUGACUCCCUAGACCGCCUCCUCCCAACAGCCGCCUACUUUAUUAAAACAGACACCUACUCAGAAUAAUUCUGGAAGCCCUGCUAGUCAAGUAAGGGUCACUCAUUCUUGACCCACCGUUACUGCAGGAGGAAACCUGGUAACUUUAUUUAUACUGGAUAGCUUUAUUAGUUCUAAACUUGUCUCCCCUGUGAUCCAUGGCCAGUAUUAAAGGUCCGGUCAUCCAUUAUGGGUCCAGUAAUACUACAGAAGGAAACCUGAACUGAUCACUUAGUCAUCUGCAUUUUCCCCACAGUUUGCAAAACCAUAAACCAGGGGUAGCAACGGGGAGAGGAUGGAUACGUUCCAGGCCCCCAGGUUUUCCUCAGGUUUAAAUUUGUAAUUCUUUCAAAACUGGGGAGAAUCUGGGGGGGGGGGCGUAACGUCUUAAUGCUUUUGUCUAUGACGUAAGAUAUACCAAAUCUGUGGCUUUCAGAUUAUCAUAAAACGUGUCUAAAAUGCAUGAGAUAGCGUUUCGCAGACCCUAAAAAUAGAAACAUUUUCUGUGGGACCAUGUCCCAUCAGAUUAAGUCCCACGAUUAGAUCCCCACACCCAAUCGUUUGUGGCUGACUACGCCCCUGCCAUAAACAGUUUUUCUUUUCCUCUUUCUCUUAUAAGGUUCUAUCUUGUCCAUCUUUUCUCUACAACAGUUCUUAAUUGAUCUAGUGUAACAUCUUUAAACCUCGCCACAGUUCCUUGAUACGCGCUUUCGUUGCUUUUAGUUAACAAUAUUUAUAUUCGUGGGUGUGCACGUCAUGGUAACUGUGUAUAUUUCACGUUCAGAUGAAUUGAUUGGGUGUCCAAAAAGUCUUGAACAAGCGGAAGCAGACACUGGAAGGUUUAUGUCGGAUGAUUAUUGCAAACCUCCCAGGACCGGUGCGUGUCUGGUCUAUCACAAUGGUUCAUAUCAUUGCUUUCGUUCUGUUUUUCCAAGGUAAUAACAGUGGUGUAACUUUACUUUUUUGCCCACUUGCCCAAGGCAAGUUAAAAUUAGUUGCCCUGAAUAAAAUUCACUGUUCGGGUACUUAGGUAGGGGGUAUAAGUUAAAUUAAUGUUAUACUUCCUAACUGCCUCAGAUCUAGCUUUGGCCCUCAAAAUACAAAAUUUGAAUCAAGUACAUGCAUGCACUAUAAAAAAUUUAUCCGACAAUGAAAUAAACUUUUUGUGGCAAGGCAACUUGCCCAAUCGGGCAAGCAAGAUAAAACGUUUACUUGCCCGUCAUGAUAUUCACUUGUCCCGGGCAAGUGUUAAGUUACACCUCUGAAUAAUGUGUUUCUCAUCGCAAACUUCCAAAUCAAUUUUAUUCCCCACGUUUGUCUGUAACGUGCGUAGGUUCACCGUACGCAAAGAGGUUCAGUUUUCAGACCAUCCUUGAAAUGGCAUGCGAUCGCACGUCCACACCUUGCCAAACGUCCCAGCUUAUCAAGCCUCGAUUAAGCUGCAAUACAAAAUAACUUUUUAAAGUAUUCUAAAUAAAUUGUUUGCUUGUCAUUUCAUUUUCUGUCGGUAACUUCCGAGUGUCUCCAAAAAAACUGGACAUUGUUUGAUUUCAUGUAACGUAAAAGCUAUAAAAGCUAUCGCAAUGAAAUAAAGAUCAUUGCAUUCAAAAAGACUUAGAUUUUGAUGUACUAUUUAAAAAACGAGCAGGAGUGUUUUAUUAGGUUUAAAGCCACGAGCGCGUAGCGCGAGUGGCUUUAGACCUAAUAAAAUACGACCUGCGAGUUUUUUAAAUGGCUUCAAAAACGUUUGCAAGUUGCAUAAUAAGUCAAAUCUUUAUAUAAAAAUCUUUAUAUAAAAAUCUUUAUAUAAAAAUCUUUAUAUAAAAAUCUUAGCUGGUAUAAAGACGUAUGCACGUGACUAAUUUCUUACUCAAGAUUGGAUAAUUGCUUCAUGAAUUAUUAAUGAGUUUUUGAAAUAUACAUGUAACACUUGAAUUUACAUGCAAUAUUGAGCGAGAUACAAUUUAAAAACAGUUAAAGUGAUAAUUUAAAAACAAGCAAGCUACAAUCAAUGUUAGCGAUCUAAUUCUACAAGUACGGCCAUGACCUUUACAAGCACACCGCUGGAACGAAACUAUUUUUGAAUCUAUCAGUUCUACAUUUAAAAUGGCUAAAAUGACAACAAGCCCAAGGAGUGUGAUUUGUUGCACCCCUACCCUUUCCUUCUUGAGAUGGCCCAGUUUUGUGGUUCAGAUUGGCUGACAUGCUGAUUAACAACUAUUUUCUCCUCACAGUCGAAACGGAGCAGGUCAACAAUGUUGCUAUACGAAACAAGGCCGACUUGUGGUUGGACCUUCUGGGGGAGGCACAGUAGACAGAUAUCAUGCUGGGAGUUCGCAAUUUUCCACAUUGAAACAUCUUAAAGACGACAUUUAUCCAUGGUAUCUCUGCUGUAGACUCAGUAAGGCCUGUGGUCUGUACUACGGUAGUAGACCCUCGGAGAAUGGUACCCGAUACACUCCACUACAAAUUGGUAAGUACUAUAAAUGAGACCAAACUAAAAAGUAUUGUUGCUGAAACCCAGGCAUCUUUCCCAAAGCUAGUAAAACCAGGAAACAAUUUUUAGAAAAACGCCUUGAUAGUGGGGAUGUGUUGUGAUGACAAGACAGUGGAAUAAUAUUCCGAGCAAUGGACCAUUUGCAUUAUAGACUAAAUUUUGAUCUCAACAAGUCUAGACAAAAAUUUCAUCACAGCUUGAAAGAGCAUCACAAAAUUAGUAAUAUUCCAAAGUUCCGUUGCGAAGUGUUGUAAAGUGCGGAUAAUAUAGCCUUGCGAAGUUUGCCGUUUUUCAGUCAUUUUCUAUUACAAACGGGAAAUUGACAGCCCCAAAGGGUAUUGGCUGUCAAUUUCCCCCGCGCAAUGCAAAAUGACUGAAAAACGGCAAACUUUGCAAGGCUAUGUAUUAUCCGCAUUUUACAACAUUUCACAACGAAACUUUGGAAUAUUACUAAUUUUGUGAUGCUUUUUCAAGCUGUGAUGAAAUUUUUGUCUAGACUUGUUUAGAUCAAAAUUUAUCUAAACAAGUCUAGACAAAAAUUUCAUCACAGCUUGAAAGAGCAUCACAAAAUUAGUAAUAUUCCAAAGUUUCGUUGCGAAGAGUUGUAAAAUGCGGAUAAUAUAGCCUUGCGAAGUUUGCCGUUUUUCAGUCAUUUUCUAUUACAAACGGGAAAUUGACAGCCCCAAAGGGUAUUGGCUGUCAAUUUCCCCCGCGCAAUGCAAAAUGACUGAAAAACGGCAAACUUUGCAAGGCUAUGUAUUAUCCGCAUUUUACAACAUUUCACAACGAAACUUUGGAAUAUUACUAAUUUUGUGAUGCUCUUUCAAGCUGUGAUGAAAUUUUUGUCUAGACUUGUUUAGAUCAAAAUUUAGUCUAUAAUGCAAAUGAUCCAUUGCAUCGUGACACGAAGCACCAUUGUUGUCCUACUCGCCUAAACAUCUCACAGCUUGUCAACAAAUUGUGUUCGGCUGUUCGCACUGCUUGUUCUCAGUCUGGAACAAGUUGUUAUCAUCUUGUAACAAGGUUGAUAAGCUAGCUAACUGACUCGCAACAAGUUGUUCCAACAAGUCUGAUAUCGUCUGCACGUAACAAGUUGUUAAUACGUUGAUGACAACAAGCUCGUAGCAACUGUGACGAACAGUAUUGGUCCCGUAUUGGUCUUGUUGGAACAACUUGUGGCAAGCCUUGUUACCAUCAUCAACCUUGUAACAAGGUGAUAAAUACUGAUAACAACUUGUUCCAGGCUUGUCACAUCGGCUUGACAACAACAACAACAACAACAACAACAACAACAACAACAACAACAACAACAACAACAACAACAACAACAACAACAACAACAACAACAACAACAAUUUAUUUCGCACCACCAAGUAAAAUAACAUUACAUGAUUUUUUUAAAAAUAUAUAGAUAUUAUGGCACAGGUCACCAGUAAUAGUUCAGACUAAACCAGCCUAGUGACCUUUUAUAAAAUAAAUGAAAUAAUGAUUUUUACAUCAUUUGGUAUAAUUAUAAAAGUAUAUUCAUGAAUACUUGACAACAACCUUAUGAAUACCUGACAUCAACCUUCAUGAAUACCUGACAUCAACCUUAUGAUUCAUGAAUACCUGACAACAACCUUAUUGCAACCUGUUUUUAGAUAUGUAACAACUUGCGCGUUUUUACAUGUGUAAGUGUUAUUCAAAGGGUUCAAUUCAAUAAUAAAUUUCAAAUCUUUGUAUUAUCCUCCUAGCUACAACGUUUGGAGAUCCACAUUUGGUCACUCUCGAUGGCUUCUCGUACACGUUCAACGGUCAUGGCGAGUACACGAUGUUGAAUAUCGAAGAAACUGGAUUUAAAUUUCAAGCACGAAUGCAUCCAUUGAAGACGGAGGGGGGAGAUUCACGUGGAACAUUUUUAAUGGCGUUUGUUCUUCAAGAUGAUGACAGCGACAUGGUCCAGGUUAGUACGAGGUUGUGGUUGUGUACAGGACUCGUCAAGUUCCUUCCAUCAACCUACACACGUAAAAACGCACAAGUUGUAACGAACCUGCAGCAGACUUGUAGCAAUGCUGUUCCAACAACUUCUCAACGGGAUGUGUUCGCACUGCUUGUUCCCAGCUUGUUGACAACUUGUUACAAGGUUGCUGAACUCAACAGGCUUGUUUGUACAAGCUGUUCCAACGAGUAGUUAUCGUCCUGCAAUUCAACAAUUUGUGUCAACAAAUUGUGAGUGACAACCUUGUAGCAACUUGAUAGCAUAACAGUAUUGUUACAACUUGUUGACGACAAGCUUACUACAAGCCUGUUUCGAACGCAUCUUGUUGACAAGUUGUGAUAUUUUUACGUGUUUAGGAUCGUUCAGUGUAUUAAAACGUUCAGGAGAAAAAUCUGUAGGUUUUGAAAAAAGAACGAAGCAGUUUGAGUGAUACGCCUGUGUGUCCUGUACACAUGAAGUAUGUACCGUGAAGAACAGAAACGGUUCUUUGAGAGUGAAUCCUCUAUUAAGCUGGCCUCUUUGUAUAUUUAAGGCACGUUUAAGGGGGGAAUUUAUUGGGGACAGGGGCUUUAAUUAAGGGGAGGGGCUUAAUAGAGAGAUCUAACCCUGUGUUUCUUUGUUGUGAAGGGGACGGGAAUUUAAUGUAGAAGGAGCUUAAUAAGUUCUAUAAAAGGGGGGGGGGGGCUUAGUGGAGAGUGGAGGUUAUUUGUAAGGCGGAUUUGUGGAGGAUAUACCCUUACUCGUAUUCUAGCUGCCCGAAGGGCUCUGUGUUUCCUUAACUGUGAGGUUUCGAUGUAUGGGUAAUAUUCUAAUUAACUAAUGUCUUGGUUACCUAACUCGGACGUUUGCUUGCUUCACAUUGUUGUUGGCAGACAUGAAUUUUAAAAAUUAUGUUGAUUAUUCAGUGAAAUAUUACAUAAAAACAGGUAUGAUUUUUGUUUAGGUGGAGCUCAACUCUCUGAGAAUUGUCGACAUCUACGUCAAUGGCGAAAAGGAAUCUUUCGAGCCUGAGACCUCACUCAUGGAGUUUACAAACUUGAUAUUAAUGAAACAGAACAAUUCAGCUCUUCAGAUUAUAUUUAGAUCUGGUAUAAGUGUAAGCGUGACUCAGAAUGAUAUUUCACUGUCAUUUGAAAUGUUAUUACCAGAGUUUUUCAAAGGUUAGUGCCAGUGUUUUCAAAUCUCAAGAUGGUAUGCUGGGUGGUUAACCUUUUGCAGGUCUUCCUGGUUAGGUCUAAAAUUGUCUAUAGCAUAGACCGAUUUUGUGGGGAGGGGGGGGGGUGCUACCCCCAAUAUGCUAUAACCCCCAAACAAAAUGUCCACCCUCCAAAAAUGCCCCCCCCCCCCCCAAUAUUUGGCAUAAUAAAAAAUAAUUAAAUAGUACACUCCAACGUGCAGAGUGUUGAUGAUACAAAAUAAAUGUAGGAGUACACUCAAAUAGAAAAAGACUGAGACUAAUCGCUCCUCGCUUGCAUUCACUGGUUUAUUGGAGCAAUUGUAAAGUUUUGAAACUCUCUUAUCUCCCCUGAAUAGAGUUGCAGUGCCUUUUCAUGCAAAUAGCUUGCUUGCAAGGAACGUUUGGAAUUUUUACGAACAUUAUUUUUAGUUUUUAAUUCUUUUGGGAAAUAGACUUGCCUAGAUUUAAUCUUUACCCCCCAAAUAUUAUUUACAUCGGAGUUGCAUCAAAAUGUACUCGGAUUCAAACGACACAAUGUCAAUGACUUUAUAAAGUAAAAGCAUAUUGUGUAUUCAUAUUGACCUAUUGGGUUUACACUUUUACAGGUUCAUUUAACUUUAACUCUCUCAAGUCUCAACAGACAAUCGGACAUGCCAAAUCCAUUGAUAUGACAACUUCAAAAAACUUUUUUUCGUUUUUUUUCUUCAAAUUUUUCCAGGGGAUACUUUAUUUUCUGCUUUCUAGACUCCUCCUCUCUAGACUCCCCCUCGCGGCUCUAGUGCUCCACCCCUAGAAUAUAGACCUUACUGGGGUUUGGUGACACUUUGUGUUGCUUCAGUCACCUGCUCACAGCUCACCCCCCUAAAAUUUCUGGCACCACCCCAGUAAAAAUAUGAAAAUCCGCCUAUGGUAUAUAGUCUUUCACUCUAAAUCCACAAAAACCCUUCCAAUCCUUCUUUACCCUGUUCCUAACCCUAACCGUUUAUAUCUUAAUUCCUCAUGUGACAAAGGUUGUUGAUGGUUAGUGUCAGUGUUUCAAGUGUCAUUAUGCUGUCAUUUCUGGGGUCAAUUUUCAUGUUAACAACCUCAAUCUAUAUACAAUUAUCUGCAUGGUGCUUAUCCUUAACCUUAAUCCCUCUGACAUAAUUGUUUGAGAAGGACAGGUGACAGAUGUGGUUAGCGCACUGUCCCUCACUUCUGAGUUAAUCCUACUAGGUCGAGAGUAGGGGAUUUACCAAGGCUGGGUAACUAACCUCCCUGUACAGUACUUGAAAAACUCGUGUAAGUAAAGUUUGGUUGGUUCUCUCCUCUUCUUCGAGGGUUUUUUCCGGGUCGUCCGGUUUUAUCUCCCUUACCAAAAACUUACCCUUUGUUGUCUAUAGCACUUGUGCCAUGGCUUCUGGUUCAAGUGAGAUGAACAACCACCCCUGUGUGAAUGACAUAAAAUAAAAUAACUCAAUUUGCAACAUGUCCUCAUUUGGACAGAAUGACAAAAACGUUGAUUACAUUUUAGGCAAGACAAAAGGUUUACUUGGACUCUGGGAUGAUGAUGAAAAGAAUGACUUUACAUUACCAAAUGGCAAACUACUUGAUAUCAAUUCAAAGUCUUCGAUAAUCCACUGGCAGUUUGGACAAAAAUGUAAGUAAAGCUCUCGCAUUCAGAAACAAUCUUUAGUUACAGUAUUAUGAUAGUCACGAUAAAUAGUCACGAUUAUCUGAUAGCUAAGGUAUGUUUAUAGACGGUCUGUGCUAGCGUAGGUAUUAUUAUUAUUAUUAUUAUUAUUUAACCAUUAUUCGCCGAAGGCGAGGUGAUUAUCGGUGAAUAAAAACCGAGACGAAGUCGAGGUUUUUAUUCACGAUAAUCACCGAGCCUGAGGUGAAUAAUUGUUUUAGUAUAAUUUCAUAGGUGAUUAUUUGGAAAAAAAUAAAAAAUGCACAUUUGUUCGUCUUUUAAUUGACAAAACGGCUUCGGUCGCCAUUUUGAAAAUCGCUUAGGUGAUUAUCGCGUAAUAAUCACCUCGACGGUAACCAAUCAGCGUGGAGAAUUUUCAAUAAUCACCUAUGUAAUUAUACUAAUAUUAUUUAAUCUUCUUUAAAAACAACGGUAGCCCUUCAGCGCAGAUAAGAGCUGUUUUCCAAGGGGCCGUUGCACAAUACAUAUUUACAAAAAAAGUUGGGUUAAUAAUUACAAUUAGUAUAACUACAUAGGUGAUUAUUGAAAAUUCUCCACGCUGAUUGGUUGCCGUUGAGGUGAUUAUUACGCGAUAAUCACCUAAGCGAUUUUCAAAAUGGCGGCCGAAGCCGUUUUGUCAAUUAAAAGACGAAUAAAUGUGCAUUUAAAAUAUUUUUUUCCAAAUAAUCACCCAUGAAAUUAUACUAAAACAAUUAUUCACCUCAGGCUCGGUGAUUAUCGUGAAUAAAAACCUCGACUUCGUCUCGGUUUUUAUUCACCGAUAAUCACCUUGCCUUCGGCGAAUAAUUGUUAAUUAGUAUAUAGUAUAUAGUUACAAAUUACACAUUACACAUUUACACAUUUACACAUUACACAUUACAUAUUACACAGUACACCACAUAAUAUGACUUAAGUAUUAUGCUGAGGUCUGUCCCGAAGCAAGGUUUUAAAUGCGUUUAAUGACAAGCAAUUGCUUUUCAGGUAGCGACAAUAACACCAAAAAGGUGCACAAGUAAAACGUCGACUUUUCGAGCGAGGCCCUGCGAGGGUAGCCUCCUCCGCAGGCGUCUCGUGGUACUUACUUCGAACAGUGAACUAUAUACAGUCCUGUUAUAUAGUUCAGUGACUUAGUUCUCUGCAUAGAUAACCCAAUCAGAAAAACAUCAGUUAUUAGAAUAACUAAAUUAUAUAAGUUCUCGACGAGGCUGCUGCGAGGACCCUUCGUCGGGAAGGCCUUUGUAUUUUUCAGGUAUAUAGUUGAAUCCUGCAGUCUGGAGAAACCACCACAGUUCCCCAAUUACGGUGAUGCGUGACCAGUUACCACUGUUCUGAUAAUGUAAGCAUGUAAUGGAACAAUGGUAACCACGCAUUUAAAUUACAUAUGUGAGUGAAUUGGAUUGCAUCGGGCAUACGCAGACGCUUCUUGUGAUUCUUGAUGAAAACGUUAUUCUUCGAUAAUCUUCAAGACAUAAAUGAUUCUUAUUUUGAAGAGAAAAUGAACUUAAAUUUUUUGUAAAUCAGUAGAAUUUUCCGCUCCUUCACAUGAUUUCCUUUGCCUUUUUCUAAGGUUAUCAUCGUACACCUUUUGACUUGUGUUGUGGCAAAAUUGCACAACAAAUUCCAAAGUGGAACAGCGCCUACAUUUUUCUUUUUACAUUUUGUUUUCUCUUAGGGUUACUGAAUGCACGUGACUCAUUGUUCACUUACCACGAAGGUGAAAAACACGGAGAUUUCGUGGACACUGCGUAUGUGCCGAUGUUCUUUGACAACCUGGAAUCCCUCUUCAGUGACAAAAUUCUGGAAGUGCAUGCCAGAGCUGCUUGUGGUGACGUCAAGGAAUGCCUAUUUGAUAUCGCUGCAAGUGGUAGCUUAAGUUUUGGUAAUUCCACGAAACAGUCUGUUGCACACUAUAACGAAAGAAAAAAAGAUAUUAAUACAGGUAAGGCUUUAAAACAAACAGUUUCGGCAAUUUUCCUCCGGCUCCUUUUGCUUUCCUACAGUAGCGAAGGUGGAAGGGCUAGCUUCUGGCGAGGGUGUGUUUCGUGAUCAGACAUGGAUCGUAUAGUGGCCAGCCAGUGCGUAAGGCGUAAAAAAAAUACCUGUGGUUCCGGUUUCAUAUCGUGAAAAAAUUAGGUGUAGAGUCCCGACAUCAAUAUUUACUAGAGGUGCGUAUUUCCUAUGGACGAAUUGAGGCAAUUUGGUUCAAUAAUUAUUGUGACAACAGACGCCAUUUUGGCACGCUGUAUGAACCACCUGGAGAAAAUAGGGUCGCACGGUCAAUCGCGUUGAAAAAAUAAUAGGGUCGGCAGAAAAAAAUAGGGUCGGUCGGGAACCGGAACCACAGGUAUUUUUUUUACUUAAAGUAAAAUGUAAGUGGAAGCGUGCAGGGCCUUUCAGCGGGGGUCAAAGGAGGCCAUUUGUCCCGGGUCCCCGAAUUUCUCUGAUAGGCCCUGGAAGUGUGCUAUUCAUGUGAAGUGUGCUGAGAGCUAAGCGGACUUGCGAAAGACACAACUCAACCUGAUCAGGUCGAAGGCUUUCUGGAAGGUCUCUUGCAGCCAACUUAUGACUGAUCACGGAGCACAAAGCUACUGUGUACGAUGAAAAGGUCAGUUUUUAAGCUGGAUUGCCACUCGCAAAAAUUCUUCUGAAUUGUGAGCGGUCAAGUAGAACUGAUUUAUUCUGAUGGUCACAAUUCAAAAGAAAUUAAGCGAAAUAUUUCUCUGUAAGUGGAAAUAAACCUUCAGCACUAACCCCCAACCCACCCUGUCAACAUUCCCUGUGGGAGAAAACCUACGACUUUCGGUAGAGUCUUGACGGACUUUUUCACGCAAUUAUCAUGCAUCCAAUAUUCGCAGCAGGAACAUCCUCGUUCCCAGGGUCUCACGGCCGCGCGCGAACAUCAUAGCCCCUGGGAUACACGGAAUCGGUCCAAAGUUUCGUUGCGAAAUGUUGUAAAAUGCGUUUUUCAGUCAUUUUGUAUUACGCACGGGAUAUUGAUAGCCUUUUCUGUGGUGAAAUUUUUACCUAGCCUUGUUGAGAUCAAAAUUUUGUUCAUUAGGUAAUAGGUCCAUUGAGACACUUCAGCACCCGUAACAAUUUUCACAGAGAAGUAUUACGAAGAAACGAAGUAUUUGUGUUGACAUAUUUUGAUACAAAAUGUUUUCGUAGCGAAUAUAUAUUGCUCAACUUCUGCGAAAUAGCAGUUCUCUGAGAAGCCAGUCAGAUCUUCUCCCUUUGGUCAUCUGACCCAGAGCCUAAUUUUCAACGAGUAACCGAGUGAAAAUGGCUUUGGGGACGAGAAUGCAGCACGAAUCGAACUCACGUUCCCAAAGAUGAAAGGCGCCAUCGAAGUCCCCUAGUAAGCAUUUGACUUGGUUACCUCUGAGCUAAGCCUUCUUAAUUCUUAGAAACUAAUGAAACGUAACCACACAAGUACAUACACGAGCUUCUGCUAGAAAAAAACACGAAUAUUUAACAAUUAUACCAUGAGCUCGAGUCGUAUAUGAGCUGAUAGCCGACGAGGUGCGUAGCACCGAGUCGGCUAUCAGCCAUAUACGACGAGAGCGAAUGGUAUAAUUGUCUUAUAAUAUAGUCUAAUAUAGCCAUUAACUGAAGCAGUAAUUAAUUAUUCACUGUUACAAUGUGUUGACAAUCUGUUCGGCCAAAAACCGCCUAGAAAAUUUGAAAUACUUUUGUUUUACAACUCGAAGACGAAUGAAAGAAAUGGUUUUAGUACCGGUAUAUCUCACAGAAAAGCUCAGAUAUAUUAAACAGAUGUUUUGUACUAUAGUAAGUGCUUGUUGACUGCAAAUUCAUUUGUCUUUCGUUGCAAACUUUUCUGAACAAUUUAUAUUCUCAAUGAACAUGUUUUUUUCGCUGUUGUUUCGGUAUUAAUGCUUUAAAAAACUUGUAUUUAAACUAAUUUCUACGUAAUAAAUGUAUUUUGCUAACCUGUCAAAUUUUUUUUGAGAGUUUUUCCUUGUACUAUUAUGUUUUUCAAAGCGAAUAUUUUCCUUUUUCUGCUUCGGGCAAAACUCAUGUAGUUUUUGGACCGCCAUCUUGUUUUUCGCUACUCGCCGUAUAUGAGCUGAUAUAUGGCGAGUAAUUCAACCAAUCAGAUUGCAGAACAGCUCAUAUACGGUGGAUGACUAUAUUAUAAUAAAACUUUUUCUUCAUUAUUUUUAGUCCGUGUUCCUCUGUAUUUCAACUGCAAAGAGGUGUUGGUCUCUGGUCCAUGCAAAGCGUGUCAUCACAUGUGUGUUGCAAGCAGUGAUCAUACGGUAGCUAUAGUUCUCUCUGUAUUAUUUGGUAUUAUAGCAUGUAGCAUCGCUGCUCUGGUCGUUUUCUACUACAUAUAUAGAGUGCAUAAAGAAGAACCGAAAUCCGUGCCUAAACCGGAAGUGCCUAUACCACCGGCAGAAGGGGAGAAACCAUUAUCUGAACCUACAGUAAUGGCGUUUGUACUUCCAGAAUUUCCCGAGUCUAAACGUGAGUCUGUGAUGCGACAAUAACACGUACCUUACCGAUUAGAAUACUUUGUUAGAAUCCUUUAACGUUGUUACUGGAUUGAAACGUAACGGACCUCUUACAUUUAUCAAAUUGCAUAAAAUGAUGUAAAAUUUUUGGUACUUGAAAGUUUUUGAAUUUCACAUUACUAGUUCUGCAUUUUACGGUUAUUUAUCGAAUGUUAUAUAAAACAUGGACUUGUCUCAAUGAUUAUUAUAUAUCAAUGAAAUUAAUUAUAAUUUAAAAAUAAUAUAAAGUUAUUCGUCUGGAACUGCAAUGGGGAUAUUUUAAAAUAGUCGUGUUGGAAAACUAAACGGAAUGAAUAAUCUAAAUUAUAUAAAAUAACUUUAUUUAGAUGUUAUGUUGGACAGUUCUAUCAGUUCUAAACUGUUUUCUGAGCGGUGUAUCACUCCAAACAAGUAUACGGCAUUUUUUUGAAUUUCGAAAAUCCUGUGCUAUUUUUAUGGAUUUUUUCGGGAUUAUUUUGGGUUCUGUAGAGAUUUUUAGGGCUUUUUAGUGAUAGGGAUUUUUCGAUGAGGUGUAUAUAAGAUUUUUGAAGUAUAUACACCCCUCGCUAUUCACCUAGAGAUCCAGGUAUUAUUAGCUCAGGUGAAAGACAUACGUACUGACUAUUGUGGCACCCGACACACAUAAUAAUUUACUAUUAGACCAGAGUUUUCAGGAUAUCAAAUCUUCCAUU